AUGGCGGCGCAAAUGGCGGAUCCACGGGAACCUCAACGCCCUCAGUACCCCCCUCCCGAUGAUCCAGUCCAGGGUGGUUACUAUGCACAAUCUCCUCAGCGUCCUGCCGCGAGAGAUGACCGGAGCCCAUAUCCUCCCCCAGAACCUGCGAGGCAGCAGUAUCCGGACCCAAGGGCACCUCAUCCAUAUCCUCCUCCCCAGGCAUGGCCAGGUCAGCAUGGGGCUUAUCCUCACUAUCCAUUGAAAAAAAAGGAUCCUGCGCAUCCAGCAUAUGCAUAUCCUCCGAGGCCUGAUUUGGGACAACCCCCACCACCCAUGCAACCGGAUGCGUACCGCCUGCCACCAGUGUAUGCGCAUCCCCACGCAGGCUACUACGCUUCGCCCUAUCCUCCGCCUGCCCCUGCUGCUGCACCGCGACAACGUACGGCCAUAGCCUGCAAGUAUUGCCGAAAGAGAAAGAUCCGAUGCUCAGGAUAUGACAGUUCCCCCGAUGGGCGUUGCCAGAAUUGCGUUCGCUUCAACCAGCAGUGCUUGUUCCACCCCGUGUCAUCUCAAGCUGCUUUUGUUCCGGCGAAUGCAGUCUAUGGACCCAAUGCUGCACGGGCUCCCAUUGCUGGUCAGCCUGACGCUCGAGCUGGCCAAAAUGGACACCAUUAUGCCCGGGAGGGUGAUGCGCCGCCAAUGCUCUAUGGUGCCCACGGUCAACCUCUAGGACCCGCAGGACCUCAUGGCCAACCCCAGUACAGCUAUCCCCCGCCGCCGCCCCAUGGUUAUCCCCCCGCGCCUUAUCCCUACCCGUACCCUCCUCCUGGACAACCUUAUGACGCACAUGGGCAGGCUCAAGCUGCCCAGCAUGAUGAUCGUGUCAGUCUUAAACGUCCCCCUCCUGAUGAUGACCCCCACAAUGAGAGUUCUCAUGCGUCCCAGUCUCCCCAUCCCAGCUCUCGUGCGCGCAACAGCACAUAUGAGUCACGCCAAAACAGCAGUGGCAGCUAUGAUUAUGCGGAUCAUACCAGCGGUGCGCCCACCUCGCCCGCUACGUCGACCAUGAGCUAUCAAUCCUUUCCUCAGCAGCAGCAGGCUCGCUAUCCCAACGGCACUCAGUCUCAGAAGGGCAACGUGUCUCCGUCGGGUCUGACACCGCAGUCGGCGCAGAGCUAUAACUCUCCCCAUCAGGCGGCGGCUUAUGAUGACGGCAGGACUCCGCCACCAAAUCAACCUGGCUCGGCAGGCUCCUCUGCGAACGGCAGAAGUGGCAUGAAGGUGCAUGACAUGAUUGAGCAUACGCGGACUUCAGCUCCGGACCUACGCGGCAAGAACGACAACGACAUGUUGAGCAAGCUCGAUGGCAAGAAAUAG